GGACCGCUUUUGUACACUAGACUACUCGGAAAAGUAUCCGACAACUUCGAAAUGGCGACACAUUGCUACCGGUCUUUUAUUCGCGCACUUAGUAAGAAUCUACUGAGUACUUUGAAAAUAACGAAUUCAUUAAGAAUAAGCAAUGCGCUUAGGGAUGAAAAAGUGAGUAACAAAUACUUAUUUUCGCGUAGUAUUGGAAGUUAUGGAACAAUUUUUAAAGAAACUUUGCAAAGACCAGAGGUAUUUUGGGCUGCCGCAGCUGAAAGUGUGGACUGGAUUAAGAAAUGGGACCAGGUAUUAGACAACAGAAAUCCCCCAUUUACUCGGUGGUUUGUUGGGGGAGAGCUAAACACAUGCUACAAUGCCAUAGAUAGGCAUGUAAAACAGGGCAAAGGUAACAUGACAGCAAUAAUUCAUGACAGCCCAGUCACAGGCACUAUCAGGCAUAUUACUUAUGCCGAGCUGCAAAAAUUAGUUGAGGACUUUGCUGGUGCCCUAAAGGCACAAAAUGUGCAGAAGGGGGACAGGGUACUCAUUUAUAUGCCUAUGAUUCCUGAAGCAAUGGUUGCUAUGCUGGCUAGUGCUAGAAUUGGAGCUGUUCACUCAUUGGUGUUUGGUGGUUUUGCCUCAAAAGAGCUGUCAACUAGAAUUGCACAUGCAGAGCCUACGGUGAUAGUGAGUGCUAAUUGUGGUGUAGAACCAUCAAGAAUUGUCCCAUACAAACCACUUUUGGAUGAAGCACUGAAAAUUAUUAACUACACACCCAACAAAUGUAUUAUCUUCAACAGACCAAAUUUUGAGCCAGCACAAUUAACUAAGGGAAGAGAUGUGGAGUGGAAUGAGGCUGUGUCAAUGGGCAAGCCAGCAGCAUGUGUACCAGUAGCAGCCACUGACCCAGUCUAUAUUUUAUACACAUCUGGCACCACAGGCUUACCAAAGGCUGUUGUUCGACCAAGUGGAGGACAUGCUGUUGCAUUAAGCUGGUCUUUGGCAAAUGUUUAUGGAGUCAAACCAGGGCAGGUAUGGUGGGCAGCUUCAGAUUUAGGAUGGGUUGUAGGACAUUCAUUUAUCACCUAUGCACCAUUGAUUAAUGGAUGUACAACAAUACUGUACGAGGGUAAGCCUAUUGGAACCCCAGACCCAGGGGCUUUCUUCCGUGUGAUAAACCAACAUAAAGUAAGUGCUAUGUUUGUAGCACCAACAGCAUUGAGAGCCAUUCAUGCUGAGGAUGAAAAUGGGGAAUAUGCUAAACCUUACUUACCUUUGGACAACUUUGAUGCUUUGUUUGUGGCUGGAGAACACUGUGAUCAUGAAACCAUGCAUUGGAUUCAAGCUCUAAUAAAGAAACCAAUUUUAGAUAACUGGUGGCAGACAGAGACUGCCUGGCCAAUGACUGCAACUUGUAAGGGUCUUGGUAUGAACCUUUAUCCUGAAGCUGGUACAACUGGCAAGCCUGUUCCAGGAUGGGAUGUGAAAGUUUUGAAGUCAAAUGGCGAGGAAACAGCUCCGGGAGAGCUUGGGCAGAUCUAUGUCAAGUUGCCAUUACCUCCUGGGUUUAUGUCAUCACUUUAUAAAAAUGAUAAAUUGUUUAAUGACUUGUACUUCAGCAGUUUACCUGGCUAUUAUGAUACAAUGGAUGUUGGUACCAGAGACAAGGAGGGUUACAUCUCUGUCUUGUCUAGAAGUGAUGAUGUCAUCAAUGUUGCUGGACAUCGGUUAUCAUGUGGCUCUUUGGAAGAGGCCAUUUUAGAAUGCCACUUAAUUGCAGAUGCUGCUGUAAUUGGUGUACCUGAUAAACUAAAGGGCAGUGUUCCACUUGGUGUCUGUGUUGUAAAACAUGGUUUAAAGCAAACUGAUGAGGAGAUAAAAAAAGAGGUGGUUAAGUAUGUGAGAAACAUCAUUGGGCCUGUGGCAGCUUUCAAACAGGUUGUCAUUGUGCCCAAACUCCCCAAGACAAGAUCAGGAAAAGUGGCCAGAAACACAAUCGCAGCUUUGGCAGCUGGAAAACCUUUUAAAAUACCUGUCACAAUUGAGGAUCCCACUGUUUACCCCGCUAUAAGAGACAGGUUAAUAGAAAUUGGGCUUGCUCCAGGACCAGCCAACUAUAGUUGAAUAAAAGAAUAACUGGAAGUUUGUUUUGUUGAUUCUUACAAGUCAUUACAGAUUGUGUAACAUUUUAUGUGUCAAGUGUGUCAGGUCAGAAGGCUUGCCUGCAUGACAUUAUUUAACAGAUAUUUAACAUUGGUUUUUGGUUUUGUUGUCUUCUUCCUUAUCUGAUUGGAUAUGGAAAAAAUAUAUAAUCUGUAAUUACUAGUGAAUUUUAUACUGUUUUAAAAAAAAAACUAUAUACACUAUAAGUUCAGCUAUUCUGUGUUUGCGUUUACUAAUAUUAAUAUACAGUAGGUAGCUUCUGGGAUAAAUUAUUUGCUCAAUACAUUUUUGGCAUUGUUUUGGGGAUUAUACACUUAAGAAUUUAUGCAUGGGUAAAUAUUUUAAGAAUCUACACCUUUUAAAAACAUUUUAAUUAUACAAUAGUUGUUGUAGUCUGUCAAUAACUUUAUAGACAGUGUUCUUGCACAUUUUAUUCACUGCUAAGUAUAGUUUAUAAAAAUACUUCACAAAUUAAAUAAGGUAUGACCAAAUUUUAAAAUUUGCUAAUAAAGUAAUAUUUUUGUUAUAAGCUUCUCAAAUGUAUUGAUCUAUAUUUGAUACUUUAUGAAGUCUAAAGUAUUCUAAUCUAAGUUUUUACAUUUUAUUAUUGAGGCUGCCAAUUAAAAAACUUUACGACUUUUCUAUAAUCAUUUUUAUUGCCUAAUUACAAUAGUUUUUUUAAUAGUAAUUUACUCUGAUUAACACAUUGCAAUGAAAAAAGCAUUUCAAUUUUUAAAAUUGUUAUAUACCUGUACCAAAGUGGUUGAUACAUAUCUCAGUUAUUUUUUCAUGUAAUGAUUCUUUUUUGUGUAUAGUCAGCAUUGUAACUACAAACUCCAGUUGUGAAUAAGUCCUUGUAAGCCUCAUGCUCAAUUCUUUUUUUAUGAAAUUAUGCCUUAUACUGUUAUUUGCAAUAGCUUUUUUUUACUCUCUACCUGUUUUAGUAUGUACCAUAAGAAAAAAUAUAUUAUGCAAAUUGAUUACUCAGGAUAUUGAUAAAACCAUGUUUAAUUAUAAUAAUUUAUGCAUAUUUUUUAUUUUAUGCAUUCAACAACAUAAGCCUUAUUGCGGGAAGUUUUUAAAAAAAUGGGUUUUUAUUAGUUUUUACAAGUUAAAGAAAAUGUAGUAGUUUCUGAAUUUUCUUUCUCAAAUAGAUUUAUAUUUGAUUUGUUGAUCGGAAUGUUGUUGUCUGUAUUGAAAUACUGCCCAAGCUAUAAUGUGCCUUGAUAUUUUAACCUUACAAAAUAUAAAUUCCUGUAUUAAAUCCUUUCUUUCUGAAUAUUCUUCAUUAAUUAAAUUUUUUAAAAUAUUAAACUUAGUAAAGAUAAAAAGAAAAGAACACUUUGGUAUAUUUUAAAAAUUAUUAGGUACACAAAUUAAACUUAACUCUUACUUCACAUUCAUUUUCUUCUCAUGUAAAUAAUUGACUUUUAGAUAUGUGUCCCCCUUUUUUGUCGAUCAAUGCUUGGUUGUGAUUUGACUUGAAACAAUAUAUUGAGUUUCAUUGAUAUUUCAAUAACAGGUCAUUUAAACCAUUGCAAGUUUUGUUGCAAGCUGAAGGCUGGUUAAAUCAUUAAUGUAAACUAUAAUACAGUAGACAAAAUGAUUAGGCUAUGCUUAAAAAAGAUUUAUAUUUUAAAAAUUGUUUCCUAGUAUUAUUUUUAAAUACAAAUGUGGCUGUUGCAUAAAUAAAUGUACACAUAAUACAGCUGUAACUAUUUUUGUUGGCCUACUCAUGUUUUAAAAUAAAACAGUAC